GGUUACUUCACCUGCUUAAGAAAUUCCUCCAAGGCAAGAACCCUGGUUACCCGAUUCUAGAUAUAGAAAAUCCAGAAAAUCACAAAUUCACCGGCAUCAAUGGCGUCGACCACCGAGCCCGCAGGAUCCUACAAACCCUACCGGCUCAAGCACACCCUCUCCGUCCACAAACGUGCCGUCUCCGGCGUCAAAUUCUCCGACGACGGCCGUCUCCUCGCCUCCUGCUCUGCCGACAAGACCGCUCGCACUUACUCCCUCUCCUCCCCCGACACAGUCCACAACGAGUUCCACGGCCACGAGCUCGGAAUCUCUGACCUAUCCUUCUCAUCCGACGGUCGUUUCCUCGCCACCGCCUCCGACGACCGCACCGUCCGCCUCUGGGACGUCGCCACCGGCUCCCUAAUCAAAACCCUAGAAGGCCACACCAACUACGUCUUCUGUGUCAAUUUCAACCCCCAGUCGAACAUGCUCGCCUCCGGCUCCUUUGACGAGACCGUCCGCGUUUGGGAUGUCAAGUCUGGCAAGUGCCUCAAGGUGCUGCCCGCGCAUUCUGACCCUGUGACGGCCGUCCAUUUCAAUCUGGACGGUUCCAUGAUUGUCUCCAGCAGCUACGAUGGGCUUUGCAGGGUUUGGGAUGCCUCCACUGGGCAUUGUAUGAAGACGCUUAUUGAAGAGGAGCACCCGCCCGUUAGCUUUGCUAAGUUCUCGCCCAAUGGGAAGUUUCUUCUUGUUGGGACUCUUGAUAAUACUCUGCGGCUCUGGAGUUUUUCGUCUGGGAAAUUUCUGAAAACCUACACAGGCCAUGCCAACUCAAAGUACUGCAUUUCAUCGACUUUCUCCAUAACGAAUGGGAAAUACAUUGUGAGCGGGUCAGAGGACAACUGCGUGUACUUAUGGGAGCUUCAGUCCCGCAAAAUAGUACAAAAGCUUGAAGGUCACACGGAUGCAGUAUUAACAGUUGCAUGUCAUCCGACUCAAAACAUGAUAGCAUCUGGAGCUCUUGGAAAUGACAAGACGGUUAGAAUUUGGACCCAAGAAGAGGAUUGAUUGACUAUUUUCUUUCUCUUUUUUGUCAUAUCAGAGUCGACUUAUUGUGUGUUGUGUUUGUUCUGGAAAAUGUUGGGUGAUUAACUUUUGGGGUAUAGAGCUGUCUUUCCCUUUGAAUUGAAGCAUAUUUAUUGGAAGUUUAAAUCUUUUGUAUUUUUCCUUUUGCUGUUGUAUUUUCUUGGUCUAGGACAAGGCGUACAAUCCUGCUCGAUGAAUUGAAAAUUCCUCAUCUUAGUAAAGUCCAUGCCCUGUAUUUUCUUCUUCUUCCUCAUCAACUCUCUCU